GAGCGGAUAAAUAACCCGGAGGCGGAGUCAGACGAGAAACGACAUCAGCCAGUUGAAGGGAAGCAGUGAACGUAUCGAGGAUCUCCUUCCGCCGUCCGUGUGUGCAGAGAGCAGUCUGAUAUCGCUGGGAGGAAAAUGUCGUGCGGGCUGUGGAAAGAGACCUUGGCUCUGGCAGAGGACUACCUGUACCUGUGCUGCACAAGCCCACGGCCAGCCCCUCCACCUCCCAGCGAGUCAGCCACUGCCAUGAGGCGCCUGGCCCAGGACAUGGAGACGCAGCACCAGGCUCGCUUCCACUCCCUCGCUCAGACCUUCCUGAGGCAGUGCGGGCCGGACCCCUGCUCCAGCCUCAGGAAGGUGAUAGAGGAGUUGGUGGGAGACGGACACUUGAACUGGGGGAGGGUUGUUUCCCUUUUCACCUUUACUGGGGUGCUGGCCAGGCAGCUGCUGGAGCAGAAUGGCACAAAGCUGGGGCUGGACCCUGGGCAGGAACUAGAACAGGAGUCCGGAAACUGCAGGGGACUGGCGGAGACCAUAGCUGAUUACCUGGGAGAGGAGAAGAAAGACUGGCUGCUGGAGAAUGAUGGAUGGGAGGGGUUCUGCAAGUUCUCCCGCAGUGCCAGAGAAGUCGGCCAGGACUCGUCCAUGAAGACGGCGCUGUUUGCUGCUGCUGGUGUGGGCCUCGCUGGACUCACCUUCCUCCUAGUGCGCUAGCUAGCCUUCUACAUCCUGAACCAAUCCAUGUUCUCAUUUCAUUCAGCACAAAUAAGUAGACAUUUAAAUUCUAACAUCAAUGCUGCAAAAACAGGCGUUAAUCUGUAGUGAAUUCAGGGUUGUAUCAAGUCAUCAACUGAAUGUUUGCACAUACUCAGACAACCCCCUCCACACACACACACACACACAGGCAUUUCGUCACUCAUUCCUUAAGAUUGUAAAACAUGAUUUCAAUGCCAUCAAUACUUUUGAAGUGACAUCAGCUUGCAUAUCAGACAGUUACAUUACAAAAGCCCAGCUUUCUGCUCUUUGUGUUUUCAACUGUGCAGCUUAAAGACUUGAUUUCAAUUUUCCCACAGCUUUUGAUUUUAAAAUUGUCAGCUGCCUUUUUAUUCAUGUGUUUACCCGAGUUGUGUAUGUGGUAUAGAGCCAUUCUAGUGUACAAUGUAUAAAUUAAUAUAUUAUAUUUAUAUGAAAUGAAACUGUAAGCAGUGGCCCUUUUUUCUAACUGAUCCACAGCUAAUUCAGUUAUUUCAUUUUCAAGUCUGUCCUGCAUUCAUGUGAAACUUCUGAUUUACAUGAGUCGACAGCUGAAUCAGCGCUUACGACAACACAACGGUGCUAUAUGUUGUGAAAUGUUUCUCAUAACCAUUUAACCAAACAGGGACCAAUCUGACUACAAACACAUCGCUAUUAGAACAAACUGUUGCUAUGGCAUUCCCCCUCCACAAAUCCCUUAAACAUUAUAUUUUUACAUUGUUUUGGUCUAUUUAUUUGUCACUGUUUUUAUAAUAAAAAAAAAAAAAGCAA